ACGACCUCGCAAUUUCGGUGAGAAAGAGGAUAGAUUGAUCAUUUUACAGAUCAGAUUACGGAGUAGAGACCGAUAUCUUCUUUCUUUAGUCGCUGUUAUAAAUUGACUGUACUUGCGGGCGAACUCAAUUUCUGUUUUUUUCUGAGAUUGCCAUUGAAACAAAGAUUAUGGCGACUGCAGCAACAGCAUCGUCAUCGGCGGUGGGAGAUGUGGAAAAGGGCAGCGCAGGCGGUCCCCUUAAGACGCCGAUUGUGGCUCCAGUCACAAACAGCAAGCCAGUUGAGAAGCCCGAGCUCGCAAAGGACCAACAGACCAAGUAUGACUGGCUUUUGGAGAAAGCAAAAGGGUGGACUGAAGUUCCCUCGACCCAAGGCAAAGCCGGCCCUCUCACCGAUCACGAGAAACUAUGGCUUACGCGAGAUUGUCUGCUGAGAUACCUGCGCGCCGUCAAAUGGAAUGAAAAGGAAGCCGAGAAGCGAAUCCUCGGCACACUCACAUGGAGGAGGGAGUACGGUGUCGAGGCUCUCACGGCUGAUCACAUCUCGCCCGAGAACGAGACGGGCAAGCAAAUCCAGUUGGGCUACGACAAGCAGGGUCGCCCUUGCCAUUAUCUGAACCCGGGUCGACAGAACACCGAUCCCUCGCCUAGACAGGUGCAGCACUUGGUGUUCAUGCUGGAGCGGGUUAUCGAGCUCAUGCCCCCGCAGCAGGAGACGCUGAGUCUGCUCAUCAAUUUCAAGACCAGCAAGAGCCGGUCCAACACGGCACCGGGUAUUGGGCAGGGGAGGGAGGUGCUCAAUAUCCUUCAGACCCACUAUCCCGAGAGAUUGGGGAGAGCAUUGAUCAUCAAUGUCCCGUGGGUCGUCUGGGGUUUCUUCAAGCUCAUCACGCCCUUCAUCGACCCCCUGACCCGCGAGAAGCUCAAGUUCAACGAGGACAUGUCUCAGUACGUCCCCAAGGAGCAGCUAUGGACCGAGUUCGGAGGUGACUUGCAGUUCGACUACGAUCACGCCGUGUAUUGGCCCGCCAUGCAGAAGCUGUGUGCGGAGAAGCAAGCGGAGCGCCAGAAGCGGUGGGAGGCGGGCGGUAAGCAGAUUGGCGAGUUGGAGGAUUACCUGACUGGACACGUCGCCCAGGGAAUCGCACCCCCAAGCACGUACCAGGUUGCCGUCGAAGCGAAUGCUGCACCGGAACCAGAGGAUAAGGUUGGGGAGACGGCUGCGCAGUUGGGAAAUAUGAAGGUAGGCGAGGCUAUCACGACGCCGGAGCCGUCGCAGAGCCCGUUGGAGGGCAUUGCGGAAGCGAAGGAGCCUGAAGAAACGACGAAAUAGUAGAGCCCAAAUACCUGGGUGAGCGAGUUUUGAUAGAUUGAGACGCUACGAAUAUGUAGCAAUGCUCUUCGGCGGUUAUGUCACUAUAGAAUUUCCUUAGGAUAGAGGCUUCAUUGCGAAUAAUGCACUGGACCUGCACCAACAACACAUGUAUUUGCCAGGAUAGCUAGCUAACUCCAAGCUAGGUAACUUGCCCCGUGAACGGAUGUCUGACCCAAAACACAGCUGCCUGCAUGCGCCGACCAGACGAACGAACCAACAAGAGACCUGGACCAGGUCAAAUUCAUAUCGGUUCUGAAAGUUGCCCUUUUUCCCAUGGCCGACACCCUCUAUCUACAGGGGUGGGGGCCUCUCGUGGUCAACGUCGGAAACCAUGUGGCAGUUGGUUUCGUAGGCUGAGGAGGAAAACUGUUAUGGUACAAAGGUCC